AUGAACCGAAAAUCCUCUUUCGCGUACCCGCCUACACAUGCGGCAUAUUCUGCCUCUGCUUCUACUAGUAAUGCUUCAGCUCCACGGCACAACCAGAAUUUCCCCCACCCUUCUUUGAACUUGCAACGCUCCAGCGAAUACUCACCAAGCCCCACAUACUCUACCUAUGCCUCUAAUUCUACUUCUGCUAGCUAUGUCGCAGCUGAAUACGUCAUCCCAGAAACAACUCGUUCCAGCCCUGUUCAGAAAACACGCCAUCGUAAAUCCGGUUCCUCAUCGAGACUGUACCAGGACUCAUGCUCUUCAGACACAUGUUCUCAACCAUCCUUACCCCCCACUCCUCCUCCUUUUAACGCGCGACCUACUCGGGAAUGGCUCUCUCAAUUGCCGGGUGACAUUUCAGUCAGGUCAACAGCUCAAGACACAAAGCGUGUCUCACGCAGUUCCCGUUACCGAGAAGCCUCAGGCACAAGUGACCGCUCGACUUCGGGAUUGAGCUCCCCAGAACCAAUAUCAGUGGGUAGCUCCUCGCGUAGUGGGGGACGUCCACGAGUAAGUGGGUUGUACGUAGAAGAUUACGACAUACCGAAGAUGAGGCCCCUCAUCUCUAGGGCGGCUCGCAAAAAGGAGACAGCGGAAAAACAGGCAGUGGCAAGACUAUCGGCAGGAAGACAGAUAGCGGAGAGCCCAACAGCCGACAGGGAGAAAGCAGAAACAAAGACCCUCGAGGAAUGGAAAGAAUGGCAGAAUGAUGAGGAAUAUGGAGGCUGGUUUUGA